UGAAGGGACAUCCUGUCAGGCGCGCAACGGGUAUAUAAAUCCCACAACUAUCUGACAUUUAAUACUUUCUGGAUUGAUGCAGCUAAAGGGUUACAGAGGUUUUCUGACUUUAACAUUGCUCAAAGACACAGCAAGCAGCCACAAGGCAGACGAAAAUGAUGGUCAUACACCUAAUGUUCAUAUGCAUGCUGCCACUGACUGCUAACAGCCAGGAGAACUUCCCCACUGUGGCAACAGGAAAGUUGACUCAUGACCAGGUGAUACCAGAGAUGUCCAACUUAACAUCCAUCAUCACUGCCGUAACUACAAAAAAAAAUGAAACUAUGAACACCAGUGCUACACCUUCACUGCCAGCACAUCAAACAACACCGAAUGCUACACCUUUACUGCCAGCACAUCAAACAACACCUUCUAAGACUCUCCAACCAGAUAGUCACACAACGACAGGCAGUGAAGUCACGUCAACAAUGGUUGUAAGCAAUCCAGCCGCACCUACAAAUGUACCUCGGAUAUUAAGAGGCUCCACCCAAAGCCAAGAGACAGGAAAGACGUCGACCUCCCUAAUCUUCAGCGACAAAACGACCCGUUCCUUUACAAGUUUGACACAGUCUACAAACCACGUGUCUACUAUAAUAUCAUCUACCAAGCCCGUAUCUACACACACACUUCCAAGUACAAGUGGUGGUGGUACACAGUCCACGGGUUUUUACAAAAUCUCAAAGACCACUGCAAGGACACCAUUCAAAAGCACCACCAAGGCACAGAAAAAAACAGGUCCUCCACCAGAAAGUGCCAACAACAAAAGCAUCCACAGUAAAGUAGUGGCAGGGCUUAUAGGUGGAGCCCUGACAAUCAUGAUAGCUGGAUUCCUGUUCAUCUAUUUCAAGAAACGGAAGCUUCAGAAGCUGCAGGUAACAACUAGUGACUGGGCCGGACCUUCACCAUUUUUACAGGAUGGAGCUGACAAUGGCGAAGUAUCACUGAGGUCGUCUAACCGAAUUUCUUUUAACAGCUUCCUGCCUCAGAGACUAUCUAAAAGGUUGUCUUUGCUCCCGGAAGCAGAUGAGUUAGAAGAGAUUCCAGCAGGUAGUACCUUUGGAGGUAAAAAUCAAGGGAGUUCAUUUGGAAAAGAGGAAGAUGAAAAUGAUGUAAAAGAAAGCAACGGGACUGCAGAACUUAAUCCUGAAAUGAAAACAGGAGAUACUGCAGAGCCUGUUGAAAACUCAGUCACCUCCUCACAAACCAGUGAUGCGCUGUCCACCAAUGACAAGCCAGAGACUGCAGACUUCAGUGAAGAUGUUUCUGCCAACCCCCCUACUCAAUCUGAAGCUGCAGAAAACUCUAUAGAACAGUGAACUAAAUCCCAAAACCCCUAUUGCAUCCAUCAUACUCCCUCAGGCUCCACGUUGACUGUGAUGUCAGGAAGGACAUCAAGACAAGGCAGAAGUGAUGUGAUGUAUGUCAUUACUUCAAACUGUGAAAAGUAUUUUAAGAAGUUGAUAACUUGGUCUAUUGAGAUUCUGAAACCAUUAUUUCUACAAAGCUGCACUGUUUCAUGAAAUAAGGCUUUACAAUAGGAUGUAAAAGAUGUA